AUGCCGGCGCUACAUGUAGCAGCGUCUGUCCCCACCACCGUCGCGCCUCUCUCUCUCCUUUUAUCCCCACUCAGUUCUGGCUCGCAUAUCUUCUCAGCGCCGCAGCCAUCAUCUCCUCUAGUCAAUGCUUCAAGUAUUAGUUUGGGAGGGAACUUGACAGUGGUGGAUCUUCCUGGUAUAACUAGGGUUCCUGUUCAUGGCGAGCCUGAAAAUAUCUAUGUUCAGAUCAAGGAUAUUAUCAUGGAGUAUAUUAGGCCUGAAGAGAGCAUUAUUCUGAAUGUUCUUUCUGCUAUCGUUGAUUUUACUACUUGUGAAUCCAUAAGAAUGUCUCAGUCUGUGGAUAAAACUGGUUUGAGAACCUUGGCUGUUGUAACAAAGGCUGAUAAGUCUCCUGAAGGCUUGUUGGAGAAGGUAACUGCUGAUGAUGUUAACAUUGGUCUUGGUUAUGUAAGAGAGGCUUUUCCCAAUGACUCUGAUGACAUCGUCAGCGCCUUUGAGGGAAACUCCAAUCUCUUCUGGGUUGAGCGUUUUGGCAAACAGUUCCUUGGCAUGAACGAUCUCUGGGUCAAGCACUGCGGCAUCAGCCACAUUGGCAGCUUCAAGGAUCUCGGCAUGACCGUUCUCGUUAGCCAGGUGAACCGCUUAAGGAAGAUGAAUAGGCCUGUGGUUGGUGUUGGUUGUGCUUCAAUUGGGGACACCUCUACUGCUUUGUCUGCUUACUACGCUUCUGCGGGGAUCCCUUCCAUUGUGUUCUUGCCUGCUAACAGGAUCUCCAUUGCGCAGUUGGUGCAGCCGAUUGCGAAUGGUGCUUUCGUGCUGAGUAUUGACACCGAUUUUGAUGGUUGUAUGCAGCUGAUUAGGGAGGUUAUGGCCGAGCUGCCGAUAUAUUUGGCGAAUUCUUUGAACAGUUUGAGGCUUGAGGGGCAGAAGACUGCUGCUAUUGAGAUUCUGCAGCAGUUUGAUUGGCAGGUCCCUGAUUGGGUCAUUGUCCCCGGCGGCAACCUUGGCAAUAUUUAUGCUUUUUACAAAGGGUUUCAUAUAUGUAAAGAGUUGGGGCUUGUGGACAAGAUUCCCAGGCUUGUUUGUGCCCAGGCUGCGAAUGCCAAUCCUUUGUAUUUGUACUUCAAGUCAGGGUGGAAAGAUUUUAAGGCGGUGAAGGCUAAUACUACCUUUGCAUCUGCCAUACAAACUGGGGACCCUGUUUCAAUUGACAGAGCUGUUUAUGCCUUGAAGAACUCGAAUGGGAUUGUUGAGGAGGCGACUGAAGAGGAGUUGAUGGAUGCCAUGGCUCAAGCAGACUCCACUGGCAUGUUUAUUUGCCCUUACACUGGAGUGGCUUUGACUGUAUUGUUUAAGUUGAGGAAUAGUGGGGUUAUAAAGCCUACCGAUAGGACUGUGGUGGUGAGCACGGCUCAUAGGUUGAAGUUCACUCAGUCCAAAAUCGAUUAUCAUUCCAAGGAUAUCAAAGAGAUGGCUUGCAGAUAUGCUAACCCACCGGUGCAAGUGAAGGCGGACUUUGGCUCGGUUAUGGAUGUGUUGAAGAAGUAUCUGCUGAGUAAGGCUCCAAAGCAUUAGGUCAGCAUUGCAAGUUUUGGUCCUGUUUCCCUUCUUCAUUGCUGUUUAUUUCCUUCAGGCACUCCAAUCUAUUGUCUUUUUUGUUAGCUUUAAGUAUUAUAACUUGCAUUCUGUAUUGUUAGCUUCAUUAAAUAGAUCCCUUCUCAGUCAACGGAGACUAUUAAGAUCCCUACCGCUAACUAUGAGUUUGGUGCAACCUUCAUUGAUCAUCCCAAGAAAUAAUUCCAAGAUUUUAAUCAAAGUUCUGCAUCAGAGUCUUUUUCUCUAGUGUUGUGAACAGCUUCUUUGGCAACAUUUGCAGCAGAUUUGGCAGAGUCAACAACUGUCUCUUUGCUCUUCUCCAAGUUAGGAACAAGUACAAGUACAAUUACUUACUUAAUUAAAGCCCUUCUUCUUCUUCUUCUAUAUAGCAUACUCUAUGGUUAUAAACUUACACGGUUACAGUACUAUAUUAUAUUAUUAUUGUUGUUGUUGUUGUUGUUAAUUUAUUAUCUCUCUCUGUGGUGCUAGAAGGUGCUGAAUUAAGGAGAGAAGAGAGAGAAAAUUUUGGAGAAGGCUUUAUGGCAGCUGUUGUGGGUAAAUCAUACCACAAAUCCUAAUUUGCUGAAAUCUGCUUCAGCCAGUUCAGCUAGUAAGAGGCAGUCUGUUAAAGCUAUUCAACAGAGGGUUAGCACUGUGGUUUCUGAGCUUCUUUCACAGCUGCAAGAUUGGAACAACAGGCGGCAGUUUACAUCCCCCGGUGAUUUUCAUGCUGAUGGGGUGAAUGACUUUUUUAUCUCCCAGGCUGUAACAGAAAACACAUGAGCAAAUGAAAUUUUGAAGCAGGCCCUUUUCUUGAUACCAUUUACGAGCAGGGUUAAAAUAUUCUCUUCUCAACUAGCUGCAGUUAGGCAAAGACAUGGUUCUCAGGCUGGAUUUACUCGAAACCGGUUCAGAAUAAAACGAGAUCGCAUUUUAGAAGAUGCUUAUAAUCAAAUGAGUUAGUUUUGUGCUGGUCAGGUCUGCCAAUCUGCUUGUGGCUACUUGAUACAUUUCUGGUUCAAGGAGAAUUCAUGCACAUAUGGUUGAUGGAUGCUGAUUCAUGUCCAUUUGUUUGAGAAAGAUUAACUGAAUCUUUCUGUAAUAUAUGUAAAAUUGUGUAAAAUUUAGUAUGGUUGAACAAUAUACUGAGGAUUAUAG